GAUCAAUGUGGCAUAAAUGGAGCUAACAGCCAGGACAGGUCCAAAGCCACUCCAACUCAGAUCAAGUAGCAUAUUUGCUACCGAAGAUACCAAGGUCCCACCUCAAGAAAAGGGAAGGUUUCUUAGCCAUGGCGCCCCAACAACAAUGCUGUUUGGUCCAAUCCGGCAAUGGAGAGGGCCAGAUCGAGCUCCAAACUUCGCGGCCUAUACCCAAGAUUGAACAUCCGCAUGAGGUACUGGUCCGCAUUACUGCUGUCGCUCUGAACCCCUCCGACUACAAGUUCCCGAGAUAUCUCCCUUGUGUCGGAGCAGUGUUGGGGUGCGACUUUUGCGGUACUAUCGCGGAGACCCGUGCGCAAGCCACGGGUCUAAAACAAGGCGAUCGGGUUUGUGGGGCCGUCCAAGGCUGCAAUCGAGCCCGACAAGACAAUGGUGCAUUUGCUGAAUACGUAGUGGCGGACUCCAGAUUGCUCUUGCGUGUACCACAACACUGGAGUGAUCUGCAAGCGGCGGCGCUUGGUGGCGUCGGCUGGUACACCGCUGGCCUCGUCAUGUAUGACGCUCUGGGGCUGAUCGGUCGUCCAUCUCGCCCGCUCCCUGCUAGGGAAGAUGGAUCGCGAGUGCCGGUGUUGGUGUACGGUGGAACAACUGCUACGGGCACAAUGCUUUGUCAGCUACUGUCGUUAUCCGGCUACGCGACUAUUGCUACUGCGUCGCCCUCAUCCUCUGCCGUGGUGCAGUCCCUUGGUGCGCGGUCUACCGUCCCUUAUGCUGAUCCGAACUGUGCGGAGAGAGUUCGCGCGGCAACUAGAGGAGAGCUGCGUCACGCAGUCGAUUGCAUCGCUAGCUUCGAGUCUAUGACCGUCUGUGCCGCUUCAUUGUGCCGUGCUGGGGGCCGCCUGGCAUGUCUCGAAGCAUAUCAGCCUGCGUGGGUCAGAAAAAGAUCUGUGAAAGUCUCAUUUGUGAUGGGGCCCGAGGCACUUGGAUUGGGAGUGGAUGCCGAAGGUGAAUAUUAUCGGCACCCCGAUUUAGAUAAACUUCAGAUUACUCUGGAGUUGAAGCGGGAAAUGCAAAGCAUGAUAGAUGCGGGUCGAAUCACAAGCCACCCCCCGCUGGAGUUGCAAGGCGGAUGGGACGGCGUUCGCAAUGGACUCCGAAUGCUCCAACGGCACGAAGUCCACGGACAGAAGUUAGUCGUACGACUGAAGGAUUAGAGAACUUUCGGAGCGCGGACGUAUCGAAAGCGUGAUACUAGUGAUUCUGUGCAUACAUCUCUCAAUGGUCGGCUGCAAGCCUGUCUCAGUCAUUGUUCUGCUCAGUAAUAACUCCCAUGCUGAAGUAAAAAGUGUGCCCAGACCGG